GUGUCUGUGUGUGUGUGAGUGUGUGUGGUGUAAAAUGUGCUUUUCAAAGUGCUGAGAGGUUGAUGGGAAUGUUUGAUUAGCUCCUCUGAGAAAAGAGAAAAGUUGCUUGGACCUCUUUUUGUUUCUUCUUUAGAAUAAUUUGGAUGGGAUUUGUGAUGCAGAAAAGCUUAAGGAAAAAAGGAUAUCCAUUCUGUGUGGUGGAAAAUUUUUGAAAAAAAUUGCUUUCUUCAAACAAGGGUGCCGUUUUGAUAUUUAUGGGGAGUGUUGUCCUCACCAUGAAGGCAUCUGUUACUGAAAUGUUCCUUGUUUUGCUGGUGACUGGAGUACAGUCAAAUAAAGAAAUGACAAAGAAGAUUAAGAGGCCCAAGUUCACUGUGCCUCAGAUCAACUGUGAUGUCAAAGCUGGAAAGAUAAUCAAUCCUGAGUUCGUUGUGAAAUGUCCAGCAGGAUGUCAAGACCCCAGAUACCAUGUUUAUGGCACGGACGUCUAUGCUUCCUACUCCAGCGUGUGUGGCGCUGCGGUUCACAGUGGCGUGCUUGAUAAUUCAGGAGGGAAAAUACUCAUUCGGAAAGUGGCUGGACAGUCUGGCUAUAAAGGGAGUUAUUCCAAUGGCAUCCAAUCAUUAUCCCUACCACGGUGGAGAGAAUCCUUUGUCGUCUCAGAAGGUAAACCCCAAAAGGGUGUAACCUACCCAUCAGCUCUUACAUAUUCAUCAUCUAAAAGCCCGGCUGCCAAGGCAGGCAAGUGUUCAUGUGUGAUUUCAUCGAAAUCUUUUGGGUCCGUAAACAUGCAAUAUUAUGUUUUAGGAGAUAGUGUAGAAAUUAACAUCUUAACUGGUCACGCUUCACUGAGUCCAGCAAUAUUUUAACAAAUGCCAGGAACAUGGGCACAGAACUCAGUGGGAUCAGAUGGCUGGGGCUGAAGAGUGAGGUUUUAUUUUUUAGUUUUGGUUUUUGCAUUUCCAAGAUUAUCUCUGUGUUUCUAUCAUUUUAACUCAGAAUGACUGUUGCCUUGAAUAUUAUUGUUCUGUUGCAUUAGAAGAUGACACAACAUUCUGUCUGGAAACGUUUCCUGGCAGCUGGAAGGGCAAAGGCUGUCUCUACUUAGGGUGAACUGAAGGGAAGCAAAGAGGACGGUGUGGUUUAUGUGAUAACAGCCAGCAGCUAAUCUGAAUCGCCCAGGCCAAAGAUACACCGAGUUGUGCCACCUCAGCUGUGUGGGGACCACAAAGGGAGUGCAGGUAGCUCUCAGACCAGGAAAAUGCCUUUUUCUAAAAGGCUUCUGUAUUAAAGCCAGAACUGUGCUGUGCAGGCUUGUCUUCAGGGUACUUUGAUUUCCUACACAAAAAGAAGCUGUGAGCUUGAGGGGCUUACCUGAUUUUGCUCACGUACUUAAGUUGAACCUGGUUUAAAAAUAGCAAUAAAAGCUAGCAUUUUUUGAGCAUUUGCUGUGUGCCAGGCUCUGUUCCAUGAGCUUUACCUGAUUAUUGAACUUAAUCACCCUAACAAUACUGUGAGUAUGUACUAUCCUUAGCCCUCAUUUAUAGUUUAAGGAAAAUGCAACACAGAGAAGUUUAGUAACUUGCUCUUUGCCACACAGCUAUUAAAUAGCAGAGCUGAGAAUCAAACCCAGACAGUCUGGCUUCAGAAACUCCUCUCUACACCAUUAUCUUGAAUUUUCUCAUGCUAAUAGCAGUGCAUAUGAAGAGUCCUGGUUUGAGGACCUUGCUUUACAAAUACAGACUGUUUCUCAUUUUUUCCCGCAGCUACUGCUCCAACUAUAUUUUUACUGACUUUCUUAAUUAUUCCAGCAAUCUAGACCUAUUUUGUGUUUUUUUUAUUGCAAAGAUACAAAUGCUCCCCACCCCACACCCUCAGGCUGGCAACAGAUGGCGGUGCCUCGUGGACUGUUCCUG